AUGGACAAAGAAAAGCGCUCCGACACGACACCGAUCCCGAUCGAAGACGCGAAUAUUUGCGCCAUUGAUUUCGGAAGGUACCCCAUCGAGGGUAACGCCUUGAGCUUGACCGUUCACGCUUCCCCUUUAUCGGUGUGGGAGAUUGUCUGGAACCAUGCGCACAAGUUCACGAUGGGUAGGGGCACACCCUCGCCGGAAACAGAUUCUUGGGAUUGGGGCGGCACAGAUUUCUUUUGGACUGAUCCCAACGCCGCGGGAAACUCCGAAACCAAUGACGGAGUCAAGGCAACGGGUUUGCCUGAAAGGACAACGUUGCGCGAUCUGAUCGGCAAGUAUUUUGUUACGUGGCACAAGAAGCGUGACGAGAAGAACGAUGGACAUGCGGGCGUUCAGGUGGAAUCCUGGCCUCUUCGUUUUCAUCUUAAACGUAGCGAUCUGUUUUUGUCGAAGCCGCAAGAAACUUCUAGUCUCCACCUCAGCGUGGACUUUGACUUCGGCGGAGCUACUGGUGACGAUACCUCGUUCUUCGCCGCCCGUGUUUGGAUGGAGCCCUCAGGAGAAAACAACAGCCUGGAUGAUCCUGACGCGAGACGACUGUUCGUGCAGUUGACGGUGCGGGAACAUGGAGGUUCUGGUGCGCCAAAUUCGGGUUCGUUGGUCGGUGAGUUGAAACUGUGGACGGAUGGCGGCGUGGUGAGCCAAGAUUCUAGCAGCGAUCCUGCACAGGAACACUCGACGAUGCUGCCAUCUUUUGUGCACAAAGACGUUCCUAUUGUUGACUCAAACUCUGGCGUCGAGUCAUCGAAUGCCAGUCCAAAAAGCUUCGCGGUUGUAAUGGAUCAGCUCUAUUCAUCAUCCUCCCCCACGUUUCCCGAUCCCGAUACCGACUUCAAAAUCCCAGGUGCUGGCUGCAAUGAGGAAUUUUUUGAAUCUAUGAAAUCAACUGACAUCUCAAAGGGGGACCAGAGCGGGAGCAGUAGCACACCCUCCGAAGGCGAACUUGUUCGGCGCUUCAUCAGUUCAUAUCAACCUGAGAAGCAGCGCGUCGGCCAGCCACCGUCUGAGGACUUGAAGACGUACCUACAGGCCAACCUGACACCGUGGGAGAAGGCGAUGCUUCGAAAGCUAGCAACCGACCAUCAGUUGCUAGCUUUGAUGAAAGCAUCACCUUCUACUCCAACUGUGGACGAUCGGGAUUGGCAGUCUGUUAUUGAGGCAGCACGCGCAGCCCUGCGAGCUUAUCAAGGCGUCGUUGCUAAGUACUUGGACAACAUCUACGGACAGGGACGCGCUGGCACUGGUGCGGCAAAGUGGUGGGGGCAACAUAUGGAAGAGGAAAUAAAAGCAGCCGUAAAUCAGGUAUUGCCAACAACACACGAGCAAGAAGAAGGCCCCACCACCACCAGCGGUGGCGCGAUUGUAGGAGGAAGGGAUAUCGACAAGAUUGUUAAAGCCCUCGUCCCAUUAUACAGCGGGACGAGAUGCACUUACCUAGUGGAGGACGGCGGCAAGAGGGAUCUGGCCUCAUUUUUGCUUUUUGGGCCGGUUGCAACAGGAACUCCUCGGCCCAGCGUUCGCGAACGAUUUUGGACCCUUCUCGCCGACAACACGCGCGUGCAAAAUUUUGACGAAUCUGCAAAUCUCCGCGCUGCCGUUGCGGAAAACGAACUUCAAGUCACCACGAUUAGUACGACAGAGAUUGGCACAAAGGACGAGGACAACCAGCGGGGGGAAGCUGAACGCGGCCGGGCGUGGGCGGACGCUCUCGGACUCCAAGCGAAACCGGUUGCCAUUUUCGAUAUUGGUGUUUUUCAUGGAGCAGAAAGUGAUCGUGCUAAACUGCAUUGUACGGGAAUCGUGACGCAACCUGGCGAAUACGAGGUCGCACUCAUUGUUGGAUUGGCAUUCUCAAACACCCAAUACGCACCAGAUCAAUUGUUUCGAGCAGCUGUAGAAAAAGAAGCAAAGGAACAUGCUGGUCCGUCUUCCCAAACACAAGCGCGCCCCCUUCGAGACAUUUUGACGCGGACGGAAAGAGACCCGAGUGCGAUUCCGCACUGUCCCGUGAAACACAUAGCUAUGCACGAUGUGGUGAACGUAUCUACACAGUUUAUGCUUGCUAUUCACAAGGAGCUGAUGAAGAUGCAGCUGACCGAGGACGAGCUAUUAACGACCGAAGGCAGCACUCUUCGUCCAUAUGAAAGCGAAAGGAAUAAGAGGGAGGCGUUCGCGGAAAUUCUGACUAUCAUAUCGAAAGACAACAGCGGGGACGAGAAGCUGGAUGCUACAGGGAUUGGGAUCCUCGGAGCGAUUAUUAAACUGAAAGAGCUUGUGCUGAAGAAUGCGCCGAACGUUGUUUCUUCCCAGAAUUUGCUGAAGCAAAUUAAUAACUGGAUGAAGUUGAAGGAGGACGAGGAUGCGAGCCAUGGCGAUACCAACCUAUGCAAGCUUGACUUGGCUUCUCGCGAACUCAGGUGGACGAGCCUCCCCAGUGAACCUGAUGGUACUGACAAGUUCCUCGUCCUGCCUGUGGUCGUUUCUAGCGCUGGCCACGAAGCGCCGCAGGGAAAGUGAAUUAUUGUCGCCGGAGUGGUGAUGAAUAAAAAAAAAUGCCAAACUGGCGAAAUAACAGGCCAGGUCAGCGAAAUCACAAUCAGAUAUUGGAAAGUCGAAUAAAUUUAUCGUAUACAACACAGCACUUUUCUUUUUUAUUUUUUCAACUUCGUUACUUUUGUAUGGAGGAUGGUCGAUGC